GUUUUCAAUGGCGCCGCCCGGAACCUCGGUAUGCUCAUCGUCGGCAGGAUCCUGCUUGGCUGCGGCGUUGGCUUUGCUAAUCAGUUACAAGUCCCGAAACUCUGGGAAAUGGGUUUAGUUCAAGCCAGUUUAUUUGUGACUUCGUCAUGACGUUUCAAAUUAUGGUGUUGGUUUAAGAAUAUGGUUGCAUGUGGGAUUUUCCAAGAACGGGAAUUUUUCGUGGAGGCCUCAACCAUUUCAUGGUCUCUUGCUCUCCAGUGACCUCGGCGAUCCACCUGCAUUAUCUUGCAAGGUAAAUAUUUAAGCAGUUGUGGUGAUGCUGCUUUGGAGACUGGUUAGGCAAGUUUUGUAUAUGAGAGAAUUGUUCAGGUGUUUUUUCUUUUGGAAAUUAGAUCAGGUGUGUUGGUUGCUUCAGUCCGUCUCAGUGUAUUAACGGAGCUAGCCAAAAAACGAUUGUGAAAAUGUGGUUCAAUCUACCCAAAGGAAAUCGAAAGCCAGCAAAGGGUUUGCGACUUUGACUUUCAACAGCGUACUCUCCCAUUGUUAAAUGCGUAACGUUUGAAGUUUCUCCGGCGACUGGAGACUUGUCUCCCUCUGCCUCCGUGUACAUUUCAAUGAUUGUCCAACACUCCCAUUUACAUUUCAAUGAUUGUCUGAAGAAAAUACACACAUACUCACUCCUGCUUCCGUGUUGUUUCCAUGGCUACCUAACCUUGGGAGUUGAGACGAGAGAAUCAAACCAGCCGAGGGCCGACGAGCCAAGAUGCCGGCAGGAGGUUUCCCAGCGUCUUCGGCGCUGCUGUCCGGCAUGGAGUUUGAGGCCAAGAUCACGCCUAUGGUGAUCACCACCUGCGUCACGGCGGCCACCGGCGGGCUCAUGUUCGGCUACGACAUCGGCAUCUCAGGCGGGGUGUCAUCCAUGGAGGAUUUCCAGCGUGAGUUCUUCCCGACGGUGCUUCACAAGAGGCGCGAGAACAAGAGGAGCAACUACUGCCGAUACGAUAACCAAGGCCUGCAGCUCUUCACCUCGUCCCUCUACCUCGCCGCCCUCGUCUCCACCCUCUUCGCGUCCUACACCACCCGCCGGCGCGGCCGCCGCGCCACUAUGCGCAUAGCCGGCGCCUUCUUCAUCGUCGGCGCCAUUUUCAAUGGCGCUGCUCGGAACCUCGGCAUGCUCAUCGUCGGCAGGAUCCUGCUUGGCUGCGGCGUUGGCUUCGCUAACCAGGCUAUUCCUCUGUUCUUGUCAGAGGUCGCGCCAACUACAAUCCGUGGUGGCCUCAACUCCUUGUUCCAACUAAACAUCACCAUUGGCAUUUUGUUCGCCAGCCUUGUCAACUAUGGCACUAACAAGAUCCAUCCUUGGGGAUGGCGUCUUUCUCUGUUCCUCGCGGGAUUUCCGGCUGUGUUGUUCACCCUAGGUACGCUUUUCAUGGUCGAUACACCCAAUAGCCUCAUUGAGCGCGGUCGUCAAGAGGAGGGCAAAGUUGUGCUCAAGAAGAUCCGUGGCACCGACAACGUGGACCCGGAGUUCAAUGAGAUCCUGGAGGCUAGUCGCAUCGCCCAUGACAUCAAGAGACCAUUUCACAACCUCCUACAACGCUGCAACCGUCCCCUUCUCAUGAUCACUAUCCUCAUCCAGAUGUUCCAGCAAUUGUCGGGUAUAAAUGCCAUCAUGUUCUACGCCCCGGUGCUGCUCACCACGUUAGGGUUUAAGACCGAGGCUUCCCUCUACUCGGCAGUGAUCACGGGGGCAGUGAACGUGUUGUCGACGUUUGUAUCAAUGUACACGGUAGACAGAGUGGGGAGACAGAUGUUGCUUCUGGAUGGCGGCGUGCAAAUGCUCCUAUCACUAGUGGCCAUGGCCGUGGUGAUGAGGACCAAGGUUACCGACCGCUCAGAUGACCUCGACCACGACUGGGCCAUCAUGGUCGUCGUCAUCAUCUGCAACUUCGUAUCCUCAUUUGCUUGGUCAUGGGGCCCACUCGGGUGGCUCAUCCCGAGCGAGAUCUUCCCGCUCGAGACACGCUCCGUGGGGCAGAGCAUUAGUGUCUGCACGAACAUGCUCUUCACCUUUGUCUUUGCACAAGUCUUCCUCUCAAUGCUCUGCCACCUCAAGUCCUUCAUAUUUGUGUUUUCCUCCGUCUGUGUUGCCAUCAUGUCGCUUUUCGUCAUCUUCUUCUUACCUGAAACGAACAACAUUCCCAUGGAGGAGAUGGCGGAAAGAGUGUGGAAACAACACUGGUUCUGGAAGCGAUUUAUGAAUGAUGGAGGUGACAACCAUGACGUUACCAGGGAGAGAACACCGUCAAUAAUGUCACUAUUUAGUUAGUUCGUAGAACAAAGUAUCGUCAACCAAAAUAAUCAUAUUUGUAAACAAGUCAGUAAUCAAGAUUUAGCAAUCUCUUGUGUCUUGCCUGCAAUGCAAACA